AAAUAAAUCACUUAUUUUCACAGAUUGUCAAAAGUCAACAAGCGCGGGAAAGGAGUGAUGAACCAAUAAGAACAAGACACAAAAAAUAAAAGAAGACAAGAUGUCAAAUAAUAUGACAGACAGACUAAAAUACCAGGAGGACGAGGAUGCAGAGAGUGCAGAGAAACUGAAUCCAACAGUGGAACGCACUUUUGAAGAUGCAUUCGAACGAACAGGACACGGCAGAUUAAACCACCUGGUGUUGUUCACCAGCGGCCUGAUAAUGCUGAAUGUCUCCAUGGAGUCAGUUGGCAUGAGCUACGCCAUCACAGCGGCUGAAUGUGAGCUGCAGUUGACCAGCAAGGACAAGGGUCUGGUCAAUGCUGCCGCUUUUAUUGGUAUAAUCAGUACCUCCUUUCUAUGGGGUUACUUGGGAGACAGGGUCGGUCGCCGCGCUGUAAUGCUGCCAGCCAUCUUGCUCUCUGCCGUCUUCUCCAUCAUCUCCUCGUUCGCUACCAACGUCUGGAUGCUCCUGGUCUUCAGAUUCCUUACUGGAUGCUUGAUAUCAGCAUCCAGUGCGACGGUGUACGCGUACCUGGGUGAGAUGCACGCCAACUCCAAGCGAGCUGCAGCCAUAGCAUGGAGUUCCGCCUUUAUCUCUUUCUCCUUCAUCAUACUGCCAGGUCUAGCCUGGAUAAUAAUACCAGGAAAAUGGUCGUUCAGCUUUGCAUACAUGCAGAUAGUUCCAUGGCGGGCUUUCGUCUGGUCGUGGUGUGCCCCAGGAUUGGCUGCGGCAGUCAUCCUGCUGUUUCUACCUGAGAGUCCUCGGUACCUCCUCGCUGCUAAGGGCCCUGAUGCUGCCCUGCCUGUCCUGGCUAUGAUGUAUGCAUGGAACAGUGGUCAGACAAUGGAAGAUUUUCCUGUGAAGCAGUUAAUUACAGGCAGUGAAGAGGUGAAGGUCGGAGGGUUUGCAGGAGCUGUUAAGAAUGUGGGGCUCAUGUUCAAGGUCCCACUUCUGCGCUGCGUCUUCAUAUCACACAUCUCCAUGUUUGCUGUGUUCAUGGUGUCGAGUGGUCUUUACGUGUGGGUCCCUGAUAUACUGAACAGUAUUUUGAGAAGUAAUACUAAUAAGAGUAUUACAAUUUGCCAGAUUAUACAUGACAAGUUUGUAAAUGCUAGCAUGCACACAGAAUCAGCGGCUUGCGAGUCCGAGGUAUCAGUGGCAGUAUUCCCCAUCUCCAUGUCCAUGGGGGCGGUGUUCGCUCUCACCUACCUCGCCAUAGGGUUCCUCAUCAACAAAGUUGGCAAGAAAACGUUAUACUGUGGUAUAAUGUUUAUCUGUGGCAUCGCUACAAUUGGAGCAGCGUUUGUGCCUGAGGGUAUAGCGGCGACGGUGCUGCUCAUCAUCAGCCUGUGCUCAGGGUGUGCUGCCUCCAUCCUGGCGGCUAUUGCCGUCGAUGUGUUCCCUACGCAGUUGAGGGCUAUGGCGAUGUGUGUAAUGUAUAUGGUGGGACGGACGGGUGCUGCUGUGGGCUCCAACUUCCUCGGAGCCACACUGGACCUGCACUGCCAUGAGGCCUUCGCAGCUUUCGGAGUAUUUACUGCUGGAUCAACAAUUCUAAUGAUCUUCUGGCCCGAUCCAAGGCAAGUGAGGGAAAAACUGGAACAAAAAGGUUUCACAUACUAAGUCUAUGACGUCAUAGAAUAGGUUUAGGUACCAUUUACCUAAUUUACAAGUUCCAAAAAGAGACUGAUAGAACGCUGUUUAUAAUUAACAACACUAUUGUAACGUUUGUUACAUUAAUGAGGCAUUUAGAUGAUUUAUAAUAAGAAUAAUUAAUUGUAAUGUUUAGCAUAAAUAAAUGAAUUGAUUAAAUAAUUAAGCAAAUUA